AUGCAUGUCGACGCGUCUGCUCCUGUCUUGACUCUGUCGCCGCCCGCCCGUCCGCACCCCGCUCCCGCCGCACCCAUCUUGUCGCGUCCAAAGCAAUUUUCAUGGGACCCUACCGACGCCGCUCACCUUGGCCCUUCGCGCAUUACAAUCACUCGUCUCUACCAACGCGCUCCAAAAGCCCCGUAUCAUCACUUACAGCCACAACCUCGUCUCGCACAACCAGCUCUCCCAAAAUCCCCUGGUCCGAAGAAGAAGAAACGUUGUGUCACUCUCAAUCCUGGUCCUGACCCCUUCCACUCUCAAGACUCCUUCUCUGAGCCCAGCGACACCGAAGAUGCCGAUCCUGUCAUCCUCCAGGACUUGCGCUCCUCGUCUGCCCCUCCAGAAGACACCAACACCCCCGAACCUAUUUCCAAACCUAGAAUCUCAGAUGAUACUGCCAUCCUCCAUGCUUUCCUCAGCCGUGCCGCCGCAAGCAAAAGGCCCAUGGCCGCUCACAAACGCGAAUCCCUCGAAAACCGCAGAGACUCGGAUGUCGUGCGUCAUGCACUCGCCUCAACCGAUAAGCCCGAAGUCUUGACAGAUCUCGACCCGAACAGUCCUCCACUGCCUCCGAAGGAGUCUUCAGAUGAUACCAAGCAGGAAUUCGAGCAUAAGAAGGAGGAGCCUGCCGUUGAGUUGCCGUCAUCGACACCGACCAAAUCCAAGGCACCGAGACGGACGACACGUACACGCACACCAGUAGCCGCACCAAAGAAACCAGCCAAGAUCGCCAUUAGAAGUCAAGCCGAUCAUGUUGCGCUGAAGAGAACGGAAGCACAGGAGCUGGCUUUGCUCACGCGAUCAAAUACGCGCAAGAACAAGGGAAAGAGUAUCAUGCCUCAGGCCAGGCUUUUAAACCUUGGCGAAGAGGUCGUUCCGUUACAAGAUUCAACCGAAGAGCCGGCCGAGACGGUUGUGGCCGAAAAAGCGCAAAGUGGAAAGUCAGCAACACGCAGAGGUGUACAGUGGAACGAGAAUCUGACCCACGUACGAGAGUUCGAAUCAGAUUCACCCGACAGUCCGCCAAAGACAAAGGCUCGUACUUCAAGAGUGUCUGCCAGAGCCUUGGAGCCCUUUGUUCCUAUCACAUCUGCCGAGGAGCCUCUGGAGGAAGUGGUUUCAGAAGCUGCCGAGAUGGAUGCCGACACCACAGAGCCUGAAGCACUACAGGCAACCCAGCCACCAAGCGAGCCGACACCGCGUCCCAAAGCACUGCCUGUCAAGAGAAAGUCUCGAAUCGCGACUGCUGCGCGUUCUUCCAAGCUUGCUGUUCCCAAGCCAGUAUCCACAGCCCCACUACUACCGUCCGCAACAUCUGCACCGCAGUCCUCUGAGCCUCUGACCACCAGCUUGGGGACACCUAAAAAGCCGCCCACCCCGUUCACUGCACUAAAGGCUCCAUCCUUGUCU